AUGAUAGCAAUCUAUUUAUACAUUUUACUAUUGACUCUUUAAUCCAUUGGGGCAAACAUACCUGAGCAGGAUUUAAAUCUGGAUAAGCAUAAAGAGAAAAUACUUGUAGUUGGACCAUUAUUUGCUAGUCAUCCUAGACUUUGGUAUCAUGUGACGAAGGAUUUAAGUAAGAAUAAAAAUUACGAAGUUUAUCAACUACUGCCUAUUGAUUCCCCUUAUACUGAAAAAGUUAAAGCAAAUGGAGUUAUUCCCAUUUUAAAUAGAAACCUUACAUAAUCUAUUAUCAAAGACUAUGAAGAGAAAAUGAAGAUCAACGAUGUUUAAAUAGAUGACAUGAUAACUUAUUCUGUUGCUAUCGUUAAAUCCUUCUACAGCAACGAAGAUCUAAUCAAUUAAAUCAAGUCAAUUAAAUUCGAUAUGAUAGUUUGCGGCCCUUUCCCUGAGGCUGAACUUAUCGCAAACACUUUAUAGAUACCUUUAUAUAUCAGAUUAGUAAUCAGUAAUCCUGAUAGUACAAUGUAAACAAUGUUGAAAUAGCACGCUUCUCAUUCAUCUUAAUCUCAUACUAGCAGAACUACACUUUUUGGAAUGGAAAAGCAUAAAGGUUUUAACUCUUUGACUGGCAGUUUUUUAACUAGAUUAAAGAGUAAACUUUCUGAGUAUCUAUUUUUGGGUAUCUAUUUUGAGAUUAUUUUUUACAAGCAUCAUUAAGUGAUACCUGAACACCUUAAAUUAGAAGCGACAACUUUUAGAGCUCCAGAUUUAAUACUUUACUCUGGCUUUGAAGGUCUUUCCCCUCCUUUAGCUCUUUCACCAAAUUCCAGAAUUAUCCCAUUUAUAUCAGAAGAUGAAUCUGUGCAUUAAGAAAUCCCUAAAGAACUCUAAGAGUUCAUGAAUAGACAUGAGAAGCUUAUACUUAUUGCAUUUGGAACUAUUCAAAACCCAACUAAUUAAACCUUAAGAGAAAUAUCAAAUUUUAUGGAAAAAAGAACUGACUAUGGCUUUAUUUACGCAACAAGAAAUAAGGGAUAUUUUGAAAGUAGUAUAUUUGAAAAAAUCGAAAGACUUGAAAAUGUAUAUGUUGCCAAAUGGCUACCCUAAACUUAAAUCUUGAAUAAUCCAAAAGUUUAGAUAUUCUUUAGUCACGGGGGAUAAUCAAGUUACAUUGAGUCUAUUGAAGCAGAAAAACCAUUAGUGGUUAUUCCAGUAUUGGCGAUGGAUUAGUACUUCGUAUGCGAGUAUGUUCAUGCUUAAAAGUUGGGAGCAUGUGUUUUUAAACCUGAUGCAUAUCAUAUCAAUGAAAUGGUGAAUUAUGUUGAGUAAAAUAAUGAUAUAAAAAAUAGGGUAAAGAUCCUCAAGAAAAUGAUUGAGAAGAAGAGACAACAAGGACUAGAUCUGCUUUACUGGGUUGACUAUUUGAUGGAUAUUAGAACAACUGAGUUCCUUUAAGCUAACCAAUAUCAGUAUUUCAAUAAAUUCUAACUAUAUGAUCUGGAUGUCAACAUUGCAAUUGCUCUCAUAGUCAUAGCUAUUGUCGCAUUAUUCAUCGCUUUAAUGAAACAGAUUUAUAAUAUAGUCACAUGCAAGAAAGAUAAAAAUGUGAGCAAAAGUUUGAAGAUAGAUUGA